CAUAAUUUCAAUAUCAUCACAGCCACAACUACCUACUUUUCUCAAUUUUAUUAAGAAAUCUAAACAUUGGAAGCGAAAAAACAAGACAACAAUGGCCGAAGCAACUGAACAAGAAGAUAUGUCCAUCAAAGGGAUGGCAUGUAAGCUUCUUCAACAAUCGUUAGAUCUUGUACAGUAUCUUACAGAUGAGCAAUAUACAAGAGACUCGGUGGUUAUGCCUGGAGGUACUAUAGGGAAGCAUUUAAGGCACGCCAACGAUCAUUUUCGCUUGUUAUACAAACAAUGCAGCAUUAAAAGUGAGAAUAACAAUGAGUGCACGAAUCCCAUAAAUUGCAUUGUAGACUAUGACAUAAGGCAGAGAAAUAAUCCUUCCGAGAUAGACAGAUCGAUUAUGAUGGAUGACAUUAAAAGACUCCAAACAACAAUAAAGCAGUGCAAAAUACCCUUGGAAACAGACGUCACUCUUUUAGCAGCAGUUGAUGCAGCAGAUCCGAAUAAAUAUCCAUUCAAAACGUCUUACGGACGAGAGUUAUUCUAUAGCUGUAUUCAUGCUAUUCAUCAUUACGCCUCAAUCAAAGCAAUAUGUAUUGAGCAAGGCAUAUUAGUACCUGCUGAAUUUGGAGUGGCGCCGUCUACUUUACAAAACGAUAAGAAUAGGGUUGCCAAUGCCUGUAGCGCAAGCAGCAGUUGAUAACAAAUGAUAUUCGUCAAUAAAAAGAACCAUUCAACGAAUAAUAAGAAUGAC